AUUCCUCGGGUGUGGAUGUGACAGUUGGUCGUUACCAAGAAACUCUGACCGAGGCGAGAGAAGGCCGCAGAAAUGCUGCACUCGCACGCAGCUCGCUGCUCGACGCCGUGCGCACCGUCGGGGUGGAGACCGAAUGAGACUCGAAGCGGGCCACAGUCGGUCGGUGGGUCCAAUGUGCUGCAUUUCUCGUGCAGGAGGCGAUGGCACGAGGCGAGCUCCUCCUCCUCUAGCAAGCUCCACAUUGCUUCCGAAAUCUGCAGCAGGAGAAGCAGCAGGAGGAGCGCAGGGGCGAAUGCUUCCGCGGAGGUGGAGCGGAGCGGGCCGGAAGACGUUGAGGUUCGAAAGCCCGAGCCGCCGCCGUUCAAAUGCUUGACCAGCUGGACGAGCCAGUACAACAACAUCGUGAUCUUGGAGGGCGCCGAGGACUCGCCGAGCCACUACGCCGGGUGCCGGAUCCUGCUGCUCGACAGCUCCGGCAACGUGCACAGCGUGUACCGACGCGCCACGGCCUGGACCAAAUCCUACUGGGACGAGUUCGCAGCGUUUCCGGCGGUGAUUCCCGACGGCCCCGUGGCCAUUCUGGGCCUGGGCGGCGGCACGGCGGCGCGCCUGCUGCUGGAGCUGUGGCCAUCGCUGAAGCUCGAGGGCUACGAGAUCGAUCAGAUUCUGGUCGACAAUGCUCGCGAGCAUUUGGGCCUGGCGGAGCUCGAAUCGCCCACCGGCGAUGGAGGAGUUCUGCGCGUUCACGUGGGUGACGCUUUGGCGGACACGGCGAGUGUCGAUGGCGGAUUUGCAGGAAUUAUCGUCGACUUGUUCGCGGAGGGCGAAGUGCUUCCGCAGCUCCGAGAUCCCGAGACGUGGCUCGCGUUGAAGAGCAGGUUGCGGCCCGGAGGUCGCAUUAUGGUGAACUGCGGGGGUGCCUGCGUCGAGAAGAGCGACAGCAAGUCGGACGUCGAGAACGGCACAUGGACGUGGGAGGAUGGCGCGGCCAGCAAAGAUGCUACUCUCGCUGCCAUGGCUCUUUCCUUUCCGGGUCAGUUGAACUGGCGGAAGAUGGAGAAUUCCGAGGCCGAUAACGUUCUGGCUCUUACAGGUGAUGUUCCGGACCUCGAUGCGUGGGCAGCCGCUGUGGCAGAAGAAUUGAGGGCAGGAAUUCUGGCCUGGAAGCCCUACAAAUGACAAGUAAUCAAACGGGGAGCAAUUUUUCGACGUUCCUUUAAGUCUUCAGCGUCGUGCGUCUGUUCCAGGUUAGAAGAAUAGAUUCCAAGUAUUGCUAGCUCCUGGUACAAUACCCCAGCAGCAUUCGGAGACAUAGUUCUCUUGGCAGGGUAUUUACGGGACUGUUCAGUAGCCAAAUUCCGGCUUCGCGCUUUCUUCGAGCAGCAAGUGCAGUGUAAUGAAGAAGAGCGAGGCGUUCUGGCAGACCUCCAGAUAUGGUGAUCACUGUGGAGAAAAGUGUGGUAGUUAUGGAGGAUUGAUGGCUCUUCCAAGUGCUGUAGAUUCGAGGAUCAGUCUUCCAGUCUUGUAAUUUAAUAUAAAUAUUUUUUUACGUCCUCAGAGAGAGAGAGAGAGGGAUUAAGGAAGGAUGCAUUACUUGGGUUGCGGAGACCAAGAGCUUGACUUUCAUACUUCUUCAACUUGCGACGUGCCAUCUCAAGCUCAUUUCUUAAUAGAAAAGCAGAUUUCUCUGAC